UUUUUUAUUUUUUCUAGUCGCAGAACUUGGAAUGGCGCUUCUCUUAGCAACAGCUAGAAGACUUCCUGAAGCAAUAAAUUCUGUUAAAAGUGGAGGUUGGAGAACAUGGUCACCUUAUUAUAUGUGUGGAAAAUCUUUAGCUAAUUCUGUUGUUGGAAUUUAUGGUUUGGGAAAAAUCGGAACUAGUAUAGCAAAUAAAAUACAACCUUUUAUGCCUGAAAAGAUUAUUUAUAAUAAUCGGAAAAAGAAGGAAGAUUCUCCACACACUUUUGUUUCUUUCAACGAUUUACUUGCUCAAAGUGAUUUUCUUAUAAUUACAGCUACUCCAUCACCAGAAAAUACACGCAUUUUUAAUAAAAAUAGUUUUAAAUUAAUGAAAAAGGAUUCAAUUUUAAUUAAUAUUAGCAGAGGUGUUUUGGUUAAUCACAAUGAUUUGGCUGAUGCUUUAACCUUAGGUUUAAUUGGGGGUGCUGGAUUGGAUGUGACUGAUCCUGAACCUUUUCCUUUGGAACACCCUCUACAUAGUAUGAAUAAUUGUGUCAUUCUGCCUCAUAUUGGCUCUGCUACAUAUGCAACAAGAAAUUUAAUGGCAGCUACAACAGAACAAAAUAUUAUAAAUUAUUUUAAGGGUAUUCCAAUGGUUUCGGAAUUGUUGUUUUAA